UAUCAUCUAGAGCGCUGGCCUAGGCUCCCAAGGUAAAGAGUGCUAGAAGAUCAGGAACAGUAAAAUAGAGUGGGCGGGAAAUUAGCCAAAACCCUUGUUUUUUAUUUGUUCUCCCAGACUUCGUUCUCUCAUUGAUUCACUGCUGUACACAAACAAAUAAUGGGUAUAAAGGGUUUAACGAAGCUCUUGGCGGACAAUGCCCCAAAGGCCAUGAAGGAGCAGAAAUUCGAGAGCUAUUUUGGCCGCAAAGUCGCUAUCGACGCCAGCAUGAGCAUUUAUCAGUUCCUCAUUGUUGUGGGAAGAAUUGGGACUGAGAUGCUGACCAAUGAGGCUGGUGAAGUUACUAGUCAUCUGCAAGGCAUGUUUACGCGGACAAUAAGACUUCUGGAAGCUGGAAUAAAGCCGGUCUAUGUUUUUGAUGGGAAGCCUCCAGAUCUGAAAAAACAAGAGCUGGCAAAACGUUACUCGAAGAGGGCCGAUGCUAGCCAGGAUUUGGCAGAAGCCGUGGAGACUGGGAAUAAGGAAGAUAUUGAGAAAUUCAGUAAACGUACAGUGAAGGUGACAAAGCAGCACAAUGAGGACUGCAAAAGACUGUUAAGACUCAUGGGAGUGCCUGUAAUUGAGGCUCCUUCAGAAGCAGAGGCACAAUGUGCUGCACUUUGCAAAUCAGGAAAGGUUUAUGCUGUGGCUUCAGAAGACAUGGACUCCCUAACAUUUGGAGCUCCCCGGUUCCUUCGCCAUUUGAUGGAUCCUAGCUCAAGAAAAGUCCCAGUAAUGGAAUUUGAAGUUGCAAAGACCUUGGAGGAACUAAAUCUUACUAUGGAUCAAUUCAUUGAUUUAUGCAUUCUUUCUGGAUGUGAUUACUGUGACAGCAUUCGAGGAAUUGGAGGGCAGACUGCUUUGAAGCUCAUCCGUCAACAUGGCUCUAUUGAGAACAUAUUGGAGAACAUAAACAAAGAGAGGUUCCAUAUACCAGAUGAUUGGCCAUACCAAGAGGCUCGGCAGCUUUUUAAAGAACCAGUAGUCUAUACUGAUGAAGAGCAACUUGAGAUUAAGUGGACUGCUCCAGAUGAAGAAGGACUGAUUACCUUUCUUGUGAAUGAAAAUGGAUUCAACAGUGACAGAGUGACAAAGGCAAUAGAAAAAAUUAAAGCAGCCAAGAACAAGUCAGCUCAGGGCCGAUUAGAGUCAUUUUUUAAGCCAGUUGCUAACCCACCUGCACCUAUUAAACGAAAGGAAAGCAAAUGCGUGCUUAGAUCUCCCAGACCAGCAAUUGGGCAUAAGAUGUUUUCUCUUCAUGCAUCUAGGUCCAGGCUCAUGGUCCAUGCCAGCUUGAGCUUGCCAAUCCCGGACCUAGGUGUCAAGAACUCCACGUCAUUAUCCACAGGUGUCAUCUUCAGAGCAUGAAGCUCAAAACCCUGGUGAUAUGUCUGAGGCAAUCUGCACGUAUUUCUAUUCCACUUAAAUCAUUAACAACAUUGAUUAUCCUGGGUGGCAUCAUGCAUCCGGGGUUUCCUCCCUUGGGGUAGUCCAUAUCCACCCUGCUUAGUCGUUUUCAGUAUGUGGAGUCUUUCUUUGUGGUUCAAUUAUCAAGUGUUAGUGGUAAUCGUUAAUUUUACCACUCAGAAUAUUUUAAGAAAUUUCAUGCAAUUAGAAAUGCUGGAAUUAGACACUUUGGAAAUUGCUCAACUUCAUAUUUACCUCUGAGGUUCCUUGUUUGCCCACCAAUG